CCUGAAAGAGCUUCAGAUCUGAUGCAGAGUCUCCGCUACGAGAUCAGCGCGGUGUUGGAGGGAUUGUUCGCGGACGCCGCUCUGGGGAACUGCAUCAAUGAGAUAAGCAAGGCGGCGAGCUCUUUGGAAACACCAACCCUCAAGCGAAAACGUCAUCAAAACCUGGAAGAUUCAGCCGUCGAGACUGGUCAACUUGCCAUGCCUUUGGGGGGACGCUCUGGGGCUCCAACGAACAAAUCGUGGAAUAUCGCCGAGCAGAAGAGCAGAAGAGCAGAGGCCGAACAAAAGAAUCGUGCGGUCGGAAAGUACUCGUUCGAGCGAAUCAGAAUCUAGCCAGCGUCAUUGGGCAUGUAUACCAAAGUUCUGUUCAAAACUUACAAUGUAUGUUGGCCUAUAAUGACGAGUUGUCAGGAGUUAUUCAAAAGGUCCUCUAGCGGCCACGCAUCGACGGCCUUGAGAAACCUCUACAACCCAAAAGCUCCCUGU